AUGAAACGGACGCUAGAAUCAUGGGAGCUGGAGACUGAAGUCAACUGCUUUUGGCGCGAACUGCCGCCAGAGGAGGAAGGAGAGGCAAAGAAAGAGGAGGGAGAGCGGAAGUCGGGGCAGAACACCCGAUGUUCCCCGUCCGCACCGUCACCGCCGGAGAACUUAUUGUCCUGCCAACUAGCUCGUCUCGCCUCCUGUCUACCCCUGAUUUGGGCUGCGCCGAACGACCCCGGUUCGCUUGCAGCCCUCCGAGGAAAACCCGGUGUGAGAUUGUUGGAGCGUGUCCGCGUCGUCGGUCACUUCUCGGUUGAGUCACAAGGCUGGGAGUCCGGGAUGUGCGUUAGUACGGCAAGCUUUAAACAACCCGCUUGGGUGGAUCCAUCCACUCACCCACACAGGCCGCGAAACUCCACACGCCUGGCCAGAAGUCUUUUUGGCAGCGCUCGUAUCCCGGACCCAUUUGCACUGUUUCUCAGCUUUUCGCAGGCCUCAUUACCAACCCUUUACCAUCAAGUCCAUAUAAUUUGCGCGGCGGGUUUCAAGCCUGAAAAUGAGCAACUUGCUCGUAUGUCCCCGAUCUUCAAAGAAAUGUAA